AUGGCCGUAAAAUACCCAAGAUUCUAUGCCACCCCGAUCGACAUCGACGACGGCCUCAGCACCCCACUGGAAGCCUACGGCUUCGAACAGCGCGAGCCCUCCAUCAUGGAAAAACCCGGCAUGCUCCGCCGAGUCUCCUACGCCCUCGACGACAUUAAAGAGGACUUCUCCCUAAACCUCGACCCCGCCCGUUCAACCGCCAACAAAAUCAAGCGUCGCUCAACCCUGCGCUUCGACGCCAACUUCAAUCCCGACCAGCGGCCCGAAACCGCAGGAACUCAAGCACACCCGCGGCCUCCGCGGUCGCGCCCGGUAUCCAUUAUGUCCGUGGAUCCUCGUCCUGCGCCGCAGCGCAGUCUGAGCCGUCGUCUCUCGCGCAGAUUAUCUUUCUUCUCUAGCAAGGGAUCCUAUGGGAAGCCUGCUAGUAUCUCUUCGCCUGAUCUGAUCGGCUCCUCCACGCAAUACGCUAGCCGCAGUCAGACCACUUUCAUUUAA